GCUCAGCUAAUAAAAUAACAUCAGUAUUUCGCGAAUCGUCAACGAAAUCGCACACGCAAAAAAGAAAGAAAAGCUAUAGCUGCCGCAUUACUCUCCCUCCUCUCAAGUCAAGUGAAAAAAGUCUCAAUUCGUUUGAAGUUGAACAAUGAAACAUCAAUUGGUAUUGACCACAGCCCUUCUAUUGGCAUUUUGUGCCUUGUCGACAAAUGCAGAUUUACUCGAUUGUGAUGAAAAGAAAUUGCCCACACUCGCUGAUAUACCUGGCAUAGGUCCCAAGGUUUCCAGUUCCGAAGAUACCGGCGAUAAAGUUAAAGACACACUCAAAGAUUGGGGUUGCAAACUCAAGAAGGGUGCCAGCAAUCUGGGAGACAGUGUGAAAGAAAAAUCCAAACAAUGGGGAGAGGAUGUUGCCGAAGGUUUCAAAAAACUCAAAGAGAAGUCCAAAGAUUUGCACUCACAAAUCGAAACCAAGUUUCAUGACAUAAAGGAACGCCUGAGCGGAGAUUCCCAUGAACUUGUCAACAAUAAGGACAAGAAAUUCUUCAUGGAAAAUGUUGAAAUGAUCAAUCCGGAUAUUUUGAAGGCCGAUCAGGAAUGUGGUCAUGGCCAUAUAUUGGAUGCAUUGGGCAAUUGCAAGAAACUACGAAAAUAAACUCGUUAACAGCUAAAGUUUUAGGAAAACUAAAAAAACAACUAUUUAACUGAGAUAAACAAUUGCCAAAGUGUGUCUUUUUAAUUUUUGUUAGUAAAUGUAUUAAAAAGCAAUAUAUAUUUUUAAUAAAGUGCGUGAUGAAUAGAAUAA